AUGGCGCACACUGGUACAUCAUGCAGCAAAAGCACUAAAAAUCCGGGCGAAACUGGUGGCAUUACACCUGCGGGAGCGAGUUUGAAAGCGUUACCGAAAUCGAAGGCAAGAAGUUUCACGGGGUGUUGGGCGUGUCGUUUCAAAAAGCGACGUUGUGACGAACGUAGGCCAUUCUGCAGCUUAUGCACGAAGCAUGGUGACUCUUGUUCAUACGAUGUCCGACUGAUGUGGCUGCAGGAAAACAUGUUUCGAGUUUCGCGGAAGGACGGGCGGCUAGAGAGCGAGGCGGCGGGGACAGACGGGCGCCGGCGGGAAAGGUUAUCUAAGAAGGAAUUCCGUCAACUUACGCAAUUCCGCGGGCAUGGGGGGGACAAUAGAGCGCUCGAGCAGCAGCAGCGGCAGCGCGAGACGCAGACGGUAGGGCAGGUGGGUGAGAGUAUUAGUCGGUCUGCGAGGAGAGAGCAGGGUGAAGAUGAGAGUGAGGAGGAAAAUAGAGAUAGUUUUACUAUUAGUGUUCGAAGACUUAAGGUGUAUGAUAAUGCGGUGAGGGUUAUUCACGGGACGCCUCGGAGGUUUGAUGCGCGGUACGUGGAGGAGCAGUUGGAGCGGAAUUUGAAGAAGUUGGAUGCCGGGCAUAUUGGACAGGCGGGGCCUUAUAGCGCUAUUUGGUUCGAGCGGUUUAAGGGGCGUGUGGAUAAAGGCAGGGUCAGGUCGAUGGGGAGUGUAGGAGGUAAGGACGGUAGUGUCGGGGGACGGGGCGCGGGAUGCACUGGCACGAGUUGUGACAGUUGUGGACGGCAGGUUGGGGAGCAGGUUGGUAAGGAGGACAGACAGUUGUUGGCGGCAUUUUUCCCAGAGCAUUGGAACAUGUUGAUAUCGAAGUUCAACAAUACGGUUUUGCAGAAUACGGAGUAUGUGAAGUGGUUGUCGGGGCAUGUGCAGAGUUUGGCGGCGAAUGAGAUGGAGUUGCCGAGAGAACUAUUGAGAGAGCUGAUGAGUACAAGGAAUAUUGAUAUACGGAAGUGGCUACAACGAGUUGAGAUGAGAAGUACGGAGAUACGUUCUGUUUGUUAUCUGUUGUUAAUGCUGAAAACGGAUGCGCCGGAAUUGAACACCAAGGUUAGAAACUGGCUUGUUUCAUGCGGUCGGCUGCCAUUUAGUGCAUAUCCGUUGAUUGUGGGGGUACUUACGUCUAUUCAUUCCUAUAAUUAUGAUGAUGCAUCUAUAGAGGCGUUGAUUAAUUGUGAGAAUCUGGUCGACUGUGUUGGGUCCACGGACGUGUUACAAGGUCAGUUUACAUGCUCUAUUAAAUCAGAUAUAUGCCGGAACAUGGUGGCUUUUUGUUCCGGGCAGCUGCUGGAGGCGUAUGCUCGUGCAGCUCCAGAUGUUGCAGGUAUUGAGAUGCAGUUAAAGUAUUGGGAGUUUCAAUUAAAACAAAUUGAGCAAGUAUAUAAUGAUACGUACACUAGCACCAAUACCAGUACCGCAGAUGCUAUGGCAUCAAAUGUUGCGAAGGUGGCUACGUAG